AUGCGGAAGAAGGCCUGUGAGAGUCCAGACCGUCAACGGCACAAGUGCAAAUGCAAAUCCUACCGUGGAGUUCCCGCCAACCUUCUUACUGAGAAUAGACGGUUCAAAGUCAUGCAGAAAGAGCCGUCCCCCGCCAAGUCAGGAUCGAUCUGCGAGCCCACCGUCAGCCUCUCCGCCUUGAAACAGAUCAGUGCCCGCCUACCAUGGCUCGUCUCGGAAGUGACGUGCCCUUGCUGGCUCGCCGUCACCCUUGGAUUACUCGCCACUGCCCUUCUUGUCUACGGUACCGGCAUGGCCUCACCACAAGUCGAAGCAAUGGACGUCGAUCAAGACGUCGACUCCAUGGAUGUCGAUGACCCACCACUCAACUCCAACUCCAAUGAUGAGGGGGAGCAAAGCCUUCCAUUUCCAGUCAUGGCAAAGGCAUCUCCAGAUCUAUGUUGCAAGAAUGGUGCAAAAGUUUUUGCCAUCCCGCAUUCUGGAAACAUGAAAACAAUGCGAGAGAGGCUCGCUAAGUUCAGUGGGGAUUCCGAUGCUUGGGAUAGGACAAUUCCCAGGGCGCGAAGAGCCCAUCUCAACACAAGGUAUGGAGCCGUCUCGAAGCCGACCAAGACAAAAAAGAGAUCAACCAAACACGCCGAGGAGAUGUUCAGCAGGUCACCAAUGGCCACACCCAUCACUCACCUUCUCCCAACAGAGACCGAAAGUGGCCAAAGCAAGCAAAUGGCAUGCGAACGAGAGCAGCUGCUCAGCUGGGCAAAAAAAAUUGUGGAGUCCCAUCCCUACUUUCCAUUGGCAGCCCGAAAGUUAGCAGCAGAGAAAGCUCUCGCAAAAAGAAUGGCUGGUGGCGACCUGGCGCUACAGGAAAACCUCAAGCUCACCAACGCACACAUCGAAGAACUCAAUCACCGCCUCUCUCACAUGAGCGCUGGCAUGGCCAGUGACUGCAUUACCAUUUCCCUGACAGCCACCCCUCCAUCUGCCCCUCCCUUGCCAUCUGAGCACAUCACAGCCCCAAACAAACAGCCAGUACAACCCCAUCCAGCCACCUCAGCUGCACAAAUCUCCACUUCGGCUGCAACCCCCAGCUCUGCUCUGACAUGCACGAUCAUACUAGGUGACGGUACUGAGCUCACAUUCACGGAGGCGGACGUUGGCUCUCCACCACUAACUGGCUUUGCUGACAACGUUGCUGGCCUCAACCGAAUGUGGGAUGAUACCACUCCCAAUUGGGGUGGCACAUCGGUGUUGGAGAUCAAGGGUCACCCAAUACCCAUUGUCUACUGGAAGGACGUCUAUAUGAAUUAUAACCGUGGAAGCCCAUGGAAGCCACGCCAAUGGCAUGGUAUGAAGAGCAAGUGGUUCAACUGGAAGGUCGUUGUGCAUCGCUACUGCCAAGGAACGCACACCCAAUUUUGGGAUGAGUUCUCACAUAAUGGGGAGCGGCUUUGCUUCACAAAGAUCGUCCAACAACUUUCGGAGCUUCGCAAGGAUGAAGACCAGGCCACAGCUGAACACGCAAGGGCGGAGUACGCCGCCAACUUCCCAUCUUUCUUUUUGUACAAAAAGAACUGGGUUUCUCACAUUAAAACUAAGCCUUCAGAUAUUGCGAAGACAUAUCGUUUACUCAAAGGGAUUUCUGGUGUAGAAUCAGAUGGUGAAGAUUGA